CACUUCCCUCUCUCUCAGUUCCCCCGCCACCAGGAAAAGACGCUCACCCGGACUUUGGGUAUUUUCUCCGGUCCCUUGUUUGUAGACGGACCCCUCCAGUCCCACCCACUGCUCUUUGUUACCACAGCAUUUGCCCCCUCCUCUGCUUUUAUUCCACAUGAGAAAGAGUUAAUUUCUUCCUUUCAGCGGAUUGAUUCCUGACUGCAUCUGGAUUGUUUUCCCUUCCUCGGGGGGGGGGGGCUGUCGCUGCAGGACCAGAGCUUGAUGCGUCCUCUAACGCAAUUACUGCAAAGAAAACUGGUUUAAACGUCGGAACAAAAGGGACGUUGAAGAUUUUUUUCUACACCCCCCCCUUACCCGGGUCUGUCAAUCAAUUUGCACCACUGCAGUUGUCAAGUUGGAGCCCUGCUGGGAAAUGGACAAACCUCUGAACUGAAGACGCUGCUCUGCCUCACACACUACCACAGCCAGGACGUGAUUAGGACAGGAUUCCCCGAGUGGAGCGUCAAGAACGAUGUUUACUCCCUUGUUUCCGUGGUAACCCGAGAGGAGCAUGCACGACCGGGUCAGGAGUUAACCUCAACGUUCAUCUCCACCUGCCUCCUGUGAAAACUACACUACCCACAAUACCUGGGAACUGACGACCCAGUCUGACAUUUAGAACACUUUAAAAAAAGACACUCAAAAGGGACAAAACUACAAAAAAACACAAACGCUGCUGUGAAGAGGACCAAUAUGGCCAACAACACGGCGGAGCACCCUCCGGGGAAUUCGGUUGCAGAGGGCAACCAUGACGGGGACUUUGGGGUGACGGUGAUGGACCUGAGGGAGCUGAUGGAGCUGCGGAGCGCCGAGGGCGUCAGCAAGAUCCAGGACACGCAUGGAGACGUGCAGGGCCUCUGCCGCCGUCUGAAGACAUCCGCCAUCGAAGGUCUCUCUGGUAACCCCGUUGAUUUGGAGAAACGUCACACUUCGUUCGGGAAGAACUUCAUCCCUCCCAAGAAGGCCAAGUCGUUCCUGGCGCUGGUGUGGGAGGCUCUGCAGGACGUCACGCUCAUUAUUCUGGAGAUCGCCGCCAUAAUCUCGCUCAGCCUGUCCUUCUACCAUCCACCAGGGGGCGACAGCGAAGCAUGUGGCCAGGUUGCGGGCGGCGUGGAGGACGAGGGCGAGGCUCAGGCUGGCUGGAUCGAGGGCGCCGCCAUCUUGUUCUCCGUCGCUAUUGUGGUCCUUGUGACGGCUUUCAACGAUUGGUCCAAGGAGAAGCAGUUCCGCGGUUUGCAGAGUCGCAUCGAGCAGGAACAAAAAUUCACCGUCAUCCGCAAGGGCCAGGUCAUCCAGAUCCCUGUGUCCGAGAUCGUGGUGGGAGACAUCGCUCAGAUCAAAUACGGAGACCUGCUGCCUGCUGACGGGAUCCUCAUCCAAGGCAACGACUUGAAGAUUGACGAGAGCUCUCUCACCGGAGAGUCCGAUCAUGUCCGGAAAUCUAUGGAGAAGGACCCCAUGCUGCUGUCCGGGACCCAUGUAAUGGAGGGAUCAGGCAGGAUGGUGGUGUCGGCUGUCGGCCUCAACUCUCAAACUGGCAUCAUCUUUACUCUGCUGUGCGCCGGCGACAACGAAGAAGUGAAGAAGGUCAAGAAAAGUAAAAAACAAGGACCCUCUGAAAAUCGCAACAAAGCCAAAACCCAGGACGGUAUCGCCCUGGAGAUCCAGCCUCUGAAGAGCGAGGAGGCCACCGAGUCGGAGGAGAAGGAGGAGAAAGAGGAGGUGAAACCAGUGAAGAAGGUCAACGUGACCAAGAAGGAGAAAUCGGUGCUGCAGGGCAAACUGACCAAACUAGCUGUGAAGAUCGGGAAGGCUGGUCUGAUCAUGUCGGCUUUGACCGUCAUCAUCCUCAUCCUCUACUUUGUGAUCGACACCUUCGCGGUCCAGGGCCGAUCCUGGACGUCCGAGUGCACCCCCAUCUACAUCCAGUACUUCGUAAAAUUCUUCAUCAUCGGCGUGACCGUGCUGGUGGUGGCCGUCCCUGAGGGUCUGCCGCUCGCCGUCACCAUUUCUCUGGCUUACUCCGUUAAGAAAAUGAUGAAGGAUAACAACCUGGUGCGUCACCUGGACGCCUGUGAGACCAUGGGCAACGCUACAGCCAUCUGCUCGGACAAAACAGGCACGCUGACCAUGAACCGCAUGACGGUGGUGCAGGCCUACGUCAACGACACGCACUUCAAAACUGUCCCCGAGCCCGAUGCCAUCAAACCAGAGACUCUGGAAGUUAUGGUCAACAGCAUCUCCAUCAACUCGGCCUACACCACCAAGAUCCUGCCUCCGGAGAAAGAAGGAGGCCUGCCUCGCCACGUUGGCAACAAGACGGAGUGCGCUCUGCUGGGCAUGGUGCUGCAGCUGAAGAGGGACUACCAGCCAAUCAGAGACGAGGUCCCCGAGGAAAAACUCUACAAGGUUUACACCUUCAACUCCUCCCGCAAGUCCAUGAGCACGGUGCUGAAGAACGCUGAUGGAGGUUUCCGCAUGUACAGCAAAGGAGCGUCGGAGAUCGUCCUGAGGAAAUGCUCUAGUAUUUUGGACACCCAGGGUCAGCCCCGCAUCUUCAAGCCUAAGGACCGUGACGAGAUGGUGCGCAAGGUGAUUGAGCCAAUGGCGUGCGACGGGCUGAGGACCAUCUGCGUGGCGUACAGGGACUUCCCCGCCGAGGCCGGAGAGCCCAACUGGGAAAACGAGAACGAAAUCCUGAACGAACUCACCUGCAUCGUGGUUGUCGGCAUCGAGGACCCCGUCAGACCUGAGGUACCUGAUGCUAUCGUUAAGUGCCAGCGUGCCGGCAUCACUGUGCGCAUGGUGACCGGAGACAACAUCAACACCGCCCGCGCCAUCGCCAUCAAGUGUGGCAUCCUGCUGCCCGGGGAGGACUUCCUGUGUAUGGAGGGCAAAGAGUUCAACCAGCAGAUCAGAAACGACCAGGGAGAGGUGGAACAAGAGCGUCUGGACAAAGUUUGGCCCAAACUGCGCGUGCUGGCUCGUUCCUCACCGACAGACAAACACACUCUAGUCAAAGGUAUCAUCGACAGCACGGUGUUAGAAACCCGACAGGUGGUGGCAGUGACGGGAGACGGCACCAACGACGGCCCCGCCCUCAAGAAAGCUGAUGUCGGCUUUGCCAUGGGAAUCGCCGGCACAGAUGUGGCAAAGGAGGCGUCUGACAUCAUCCUGACCGACGACAACUUCUCGAGCAUCGUAAAGGCCGUCAUGUGGGGAAGAAACGUGUACGACAGCAUCUCCAAGUUCCUGCAGUUCCAGCUGACCGUCAACGUGGUGGCCGUGAUCGUGGCGUUCACCGGCGCCUGCAUCACACAGGACUCCCCUCUGAAGGCCGUCCAGAUGCUCUGGGUGAACCUCAUCAUGGACACUCUGGCUUCUCUGGCUCUGGCCACGGAGCCGCCCUGCGAGUCUCUGCUGUUACGUAAACCGUACGGCCGCAACAAGCCUCUGAUCUCCAGGACCAUGAUGAAGAACAUCCUGGGCCACGCCGUGUACCAGCUCACCAUCAUCUUCACCCUGCUCUUCGCCGGCGAGACGAUCUUCAACAUCGAUAGCGGACGCAACACUCCCCUGCACGCGCCGCCCUCGGAGCACUACACCAUCGUGUUCAACGUGUUCGUCAUGAUGCAGCUGUUCAACGAAAUCAACGCCAGGAAGAUCCACGGAGAGAGGAACGUGUUCGAGGGCAUCUACAAGAACCCCAUCUUCUGCAGCGUGGUGCUGGGGACCUUCAUCCUGCAGAUCGUCAUCGUUCAGUUCGGAGGGAAGCCGUUCUCCUGCACGGCGCUGACCAUCGACCAGUGGCUGUGGUGUGUGUUCAUCGGAGUCGGAGAGCUGCUGUGGGGACAGCUGAUCUCUGCCAUCCCCACUCACCACCUGAAGUUCCUGAUGGAGGCGGGGCACGGCACAACGAAGGAGGAGAUCAAGGAUGAGGAGAUGGCGGAGGGAGCGGACGAGAUCGACCACGCUGAGAUGGAGCUGCGGAGAGGCCAGAUCCUGUGGUUCAGAGGGCUGAACCGCAUCCAGACACAGAUGGAUGUGGUGUAUACCUUCCAGACGGGCCAGGCCCCGGUGCCCGGUGCCCUGCGCCGCCAGCCCUCCGUGGUCAGCCAGCACAAUGACUCCACCGUGGUGAAUGCGUUCCGCAGCUCCCUGCACGUGGGGCUGGAGAGCCCAGAGUCCCGUAGCUCCAUCCACAGCUUCAUGGCCCAUCCUGAGUUCGUCCCGCAGUCGGAGGAGGAGGCUCGCAUCCCCACCAUCGAGGAGACCGGAGACGAGAUCGACCCCCUCCCCAGCGCCUCCUCUUCUGGGGCGGGGGGGGGAGGAGAGCCGCCCAGCGCCUUCCCCCACAGCUGCGAGUCAUCCAUCUGAGCCCCUCCUCCCACCACCCCCCCCCCCCCCUCCUCUUAUCAUUCGUCAUCCCACCAACCGAACUGUCGCUGAGCAGGGGAGUCACAUCUCAUCCUGCACUCACACACACUUCACAUCGCCCCCCCGCCGCCCCCUCAGUCAUUCCUGCCACGUUGUGUUUUCCAUACUGACUGUGGUGUCGUUCUGCCUGUAAGUUUGUCCCCCCCCCCCUCCUCCUCCUCACACAUGUCUCAGUAGAAGGUGGAGUCUCCACCCUGGAAGUCCAUUCAUGUAUAUUUUUUACCUGAUGAUCCUUUUUUGACAAAGCUUUUAAACCACGUGUGGUUGGAUCUCCGGGGGUCUCGCAGCAUGUUCUGUCCUCGCUCCAUCCCUGCGUAACGCUCUCGGCACAGAACUCUUGAACGAGUGAUUCUCAUGUACAUACGCCCCCCCCCCCGCUCCUCUUCACAGCUAACAGCCGGGUUUGGUGAUCAGAAUUGUUUUUAGGCAAAUGCAAAAAUUUAACCUUUUUUAAUCUUUGUUUUGUUUGUUUUGAAAACUAAUGUUAAUCGAUGGUUGAUACAAAAACGCCUGAGAAUGUCUUGUGAGUGUGACACUACGGUCUUCAAGGUUCAACUGUUAAAAAAAUGUUCUUCCCUUUAUCGUGUCUGUAUGUGUUGGCUUUUCUUUGAUCAGCUGUGUUGCAUGUGGAAGGACAGAAUGUUUACUCCCCAAGUAUAUCCAACAUGGCGGCGUCCAGGGAGGUCUCGUCCUCAUCUCAUGCAGUCAGGGUCCCGGCUCUCUCUGCCCCCCCGCCCAGUACAUCCACAGUGUCCAUAGGAAACAGGAGUGUGGUUCAUGUUUCCCGCUCCAGUAGGAUGCAUGUUAUGUUUCAUCUGUGUUGAGUCGCAUGAUAACUUUAGGAAUGAAUAUUUGGGAUUCUGUUAAGACGACCAUAUGUGUGUUGAGUCUGCAGCAGCGUCUGAUCACGACUCCUUCGACUUCCUGUCUUUAGGACUGGAUUUCCUGUCAAGACAAAAUACAAAGAGAGGCUCUUCAAUACUGGAGCAGGGCAGUCAAUAAAGGAAAAAAAAGACAAGUGGAUGACAAGUAAUCAUGCCUUUGUCUCUUCAAAAUAAAAGUCCUUCAAGACUCAUUCCUUGAGGUAUCUCUUUUCCUGGUGGAUCGGUUCCCAGACCAGAUUGGAUGCAUAAUCCCUGCAGAGUGUUUUCUGGGUCUGACCCGGGGGCUUCCUCCCCAGUUGUCCAGUAUACGCCUACAGGGAGGAUUCCUGUAAACCUCAACCACCUCAACAGGAACUCAUAAUCAUGGAUAAGGGUGUAAACACCGAUCUACUAAUAGAUCCGUUUUUAGGGGCAAAUACUCAAUUGUCCAUAAAAAGAAUGCUCAUCAACUGUCAAUAUCCUUUCUUUAUUAAUUCGCCCCCCAGAGGAUAAUGUCAAAAGUAUUGAUUGAGUCUGUUUUAGGUCAAAAUACAGGAAGUUGAAUUCUAACAGACAGGAAGUUGAUGGAUCUCUGAACCGCGUCUGGACCGUCUCUCUGUGUUUAAGACAAAUCUUAGUACUAGUUCUUGUUUUUCGUUCCCUCGUUUGUCAGACUUUACGGACAGAAACUAAAUGGGUUGUCACUCAGUGACAUCACACAGCGUCAGCAGAGCAGAUGAUUGAUCAUCUCUGUCUGCCGUGCUCUGUUUUAAUUGACAGGCGUCAGUGUGGUGGCCACGCUGAGGAUUAUGGGAGACUGACGAUGUCACCAAUCAGUCUUUAUGAGUUCAAUCGACUUUGUGUCCACGCUGCCGCUUAGUACUUCCUGCCUGCCGUUGUCCGCAGAUUACUGUUUUAAAAGAAGAAGGAAUCAUCUUCCAAUCAGAAGCAGCGAGUGUGUAAUCCCCUCUUAGUCUGACUAGCAGCCUUCAACCUAUGUGCUACUACUGCCAUAUUUCCAACUUUUCAUGACUAGGUUCUUCCUCCCCCCUCUGUUGAGCUUUUCUAUGUCACUCAGAGCCAUAUUUUAUAGGUUGUCUGUAUUGUUUUUUUAUCUCAUUGUUAUCGAGGUUUCCUUUGGACUUUCUCACCCCUCGACUUCCCCUCCCCCUCCUGGCCCUUUACUCCAAACACGACCAAAAAGCAAGGAGAAAAUCUUCAGUCGUCACUGCCGUACCAAGUUUUAAAGGACCUCUACAAUGUUUACAUGAAAAGCAAGUGGGUGGCAGUUCGCCUGCGCUUCUCUCAUCCGACCACUUCCCUUUCAUUCCCUUGCUUUCCUGAAUCUUAGAGUUACUAUUUAACUAAAUGGGGAAUCUUUCUUGCAUGGUUUCCAUAUAAAAUUCAAUGUUUUGCUCAUUUUUUACAAUUCUUCUGUAUUUUUAUAUUAAGUACUUUUUAAUAUUUUGGAGAUAUAUGAAUAUAUAUGUAUAGGCUGAAGAGUUUGGUGACGGUACAGUACAUGAAUGAGAGGAAUCUAACGUGGACUCUGUCUUUUUACAGCUCUCUAAAUAUUUAUGCCACGUGUGUCGUCUUGGUCACCUGAUGUUAGGGCUCAGAAACCUGCAGUGACUUGUUUACUUCCUGUUGGGCGCUCAAUUGGAAACUCAAAAAUCUAGUCUCAUCAGCCCCCUUUUACAUGAGUAUAUUCACUUUAUCUAAAAUGUUGUGAAACACUACACGCUAUGUGAUUACGCAGUUAUUCAGCUCCAUUAGAGUUCAGCCAAUGCAACGUGAAUACAGCUAACUGUAUCAAACAUUAAAUGGGAGUGUACCAUUAUUGAUCCAACCUCUGGGUUUCUUUGUUUCUGUAUUUUGAAGCUACUGCGAUUGAUUUCUUUGAAUGAGUGGACUGAUGCUGUUUUCCAACCGACUGUUGUCGGAGCUUUAAGGAGGAUCACAGCUGUGUCCCACUUCAGGCUCCGCCUCCUUUAAAGGGGGUGUGGCCUAUUAUGGCCUGCCUCGUCCGAACUGAGCUCCGACCCUCGACCUCUCUGACGAACCAAAACUUGAGAAAGUGACCUGAGGACCAAAGACCAGUCAUAAAACAAAUCAAUGAGUUGCUUUGAGCCCCACAGCUUAGAAUUCAUCAAAGCGGACCCAAGGGGAAAAAAACCAAAACCAACAUGCAUUCAUCAUCAGCUUGUAAUUCAAGAAAAAUAGGCCAAUAUCAAAAAGCAUCUUGAGGUUAAGACGAUCUUUUGCCAUAUUACCACUGCAUGGUUUGGCUCAACUCACUUUAGGUGCCAGCUCCUUUUCUCCAUUUACCUCAGCAGAUAUUACCCAAUAUCAAUUAUUAGCUGAAAACUUAACCCGCAUCAAAACUGCCGUGAAAUCAUCACCUCUUCUUUAAAUCAUGAAAUCAGCAAACAAGCGGAGGAAACGUCUGCCCUUUGUCAAUCUUACAGCCUAUUUUCUGGGUUGCAAUUUCUUGAGUGAUAUCCAUUACUUUUGCUAAUGGAAAACCAAAAAGUACAAAUUGAGUCGAGUUGAGUAGAACCGUACCAUGCAGUGAAUAGGCAGCCUCCCUUUGUGGGUCUAUGGACUCUGAUUCAAAGUUGACUCAAGGACAGUUAGAAGCAGGAAGAUUGGAUUUCCUCUAAAACAUGAUGAGUCAUAGGGCAUUGCAACGUCUCCCAAUUAGACUGAAUAUACUUUGGACCCAGCUCGGCUCUUGGGUCAGGACCCAUGCUAAAACCUGAUGGUACCCAUAAGGACCUCCACAAAGUGGCCCAUCAAACAGACACUUCAUUUAUAUGUCGUAACUUUAUUACGCUGAUUACGAUAAAUAUCUAUGACUAGCUGCAGUAAUACCUUUGAGAAAAGUAUGGGAUGUCUGUUGACAUUUCAGUGCUUUUGCACUUUCAACAACGAGAACAGUUUUUUUUCAUUUGAUAUUGUUUUAUCUCUGAUUUGAUCAUGAUCAAUUGUUAACUGUUGCUUUUUAAAUACAUGAUACUGAGGGGUCAGGGGGCUCUUUCUGACAACAAGAAGACGGCACAUUUCUGAUUUGGUUGUGAAAUAUGGACUUUGAGGGAGGCGGAGCCUGUGAGGGACACAGCUGUAACUGUAGAUGUCAUUGCCAUUUUAUACGAACUACCAACUUCAGAAACAUUUCCGGGGAAGAGCGCAGGACUGUUAAAGAGCUCGUCCUCUUCCUGCCGUGUGUCCGUUGGCUAGAAGCGAGACGCACCUUUCCAAAUGAUGAUUUAUUUAUUUUCCUCUUUGUUUCUGUUCAACUGCUGAAUCGGAAAGAUUACCUUUGCUCCUGCAGUCAGUGCAAUGUAAAUAUUGUCAUAUAAAAAGUGAAUGAACCUGCUGUCUGUGUCGGUCACAGGAAGUGGGAAAGAGGGCAAUCAGCCAAUCGUCAUCCAGCGAAGCUUUAAGGAUGCCAAAGCUGUUUUUCUCCUUUCCUUUUGUCUUCUGCACAAAUUAGUUUGACUCCCCCUCUUUCUUUCCUCCCCCCUCCCCCCCCAUGCCGCCUGGAUAAGACUGUCCCUCUGCUCUGGCUGUGGUUCUGUUGGACUGGUUGCCCUCACAUCUCACGGCAGGUGCACCGUACAGUGGAGAAGAUCGCAGUUUACCAACAGGACUUCUGAAUGGAAAAGGAACUCGCUUCUUAUCCAGUCAUUGUUGCAUUUUGACUGCUUCCUCUUCAGAGCACUGCCUUUUCUCAGAACAGCUUCCUGUGGUCAGAUCUUAAGGAAUAUUUUGGAGAAACUCCACUUCAACGUUAACAAAAUAUAUAAAAAUGAAUCAAACGAACUGGAAUACCACAGUUGGAAAAGUCAUAACCACUCAACAUAUAUAUCUAUAUAUUUACAUAUUAUCUUUAUGUGUCUAUAUCUAGUAUAUACGUGUGUAUAUUAGAUAUAAAUACAUAGAUAUGUAUAUGGUUUCUCAGUUGAACUUCAUUGCAAGAAAAAUAUUUGUUUUCUGUAAUUACUAUGAUACACAGUAAUAGGCGUUGGUGUUAUUUUUGUAUAAACAUAAUAUCAUCUAUGUGGCAUGCAUGACAUAUAUACAAAAUUUGGUGGUUUAAAGCAAUAUGUCCAACCUGGUGCGAUUGGUUCUGUCGUGUUCUGUGUAGCCUAAAGCCACUCUGUGUGAAAAGAGAUGAAAAAAAAAGAGAAACUGCAUUUGGAUAAAACUAACUGUUCAGUA